AUCUGGAAUGGGAUCCGAGGAAUCUUACAAAACUAAUUGGUUUGCAUUUUCUGCUAUGCAUCGUUUUCUGGCGCCGAUUUACGAGUGCUCUUCUACAAUGAAUACUGAGGAACCAGUCGAAAACUCUUAUUUUGCAGAUGAAUAUACUAGUGGCAGUAGAAAAAGCCAAUCUUUAGACUUUGCGUCAAAGAAGAGGCGGCAACAGGGCAGUAUAGAAGACAUACUACAGGCGAAGAAGCUAAUGGACGAAGCCUUUUCUUUUAUUAUUGAAGAAAGAGCUGCUGCUGCUAAAGCAAUCAAACCUGAGAAGGUCGACGAGUGCGACUUAUACGCACAACUACUAGCGGAAAAAUUAAAAAAAAUCGAUGAAGACCGUAGAAUUAUAUUGAUGCAUAAUAUUGAUAUGUUAGUGUUCCAAGAAAUUGUGCCUGUUAAGGAAGAAAGAGCGGAAUCGGAAGAUACAUAAAUUCAUCGAUAUCACCAUUCAUCACUCAUCAACCAUCACCGAACCCAUAUUAUACCAUACAAUCGACACAGCCCUUCCCAUUACCAUCUGACCA